AUGGACGCCUCCGCAGUCUCCGCCGCCGACAUCUCCAAGCUGUCCGACCGCGAAAAGCAGGAACUGCAAGCUUUUGUCGCGAACGAGUCCCAGAAGGCGCGCAUUCAGCAGUCCGUCCACUCGCUGACCGACAUUUGCUGGACGAAAUGCAUCACGGGCAAGAUUGCCGGCGGCAAGCUCGACCGCACCGAGGAGACGUGUGUCCAGAACUGCGUCGACCGGUUCAUGGACGCCAACAUGACUGUGCUGAAGCACCUCGAGACGAUGCGCACGACUGCUUAG